AUGUUCUCAACGACUUCUGCCUUCCAAUGGCUUCAUAAUGACACUAAACCAAGAUAUAUGGCACCACCAUUUUCCACGCCUUCUCAGAAGUAUGCCUACCCGUCACCAAUUCUAUCGUCUGAGGGAAACAACUCUUCUCUCUACAAUCUCUUAACACCUUCAUUCUUCUCAAUCACUUCUUCGUUCCCAUUCAUCCAAUCCUCGACUUCAAAUCCCGUAGCUCCUUUGGUCAAGCCCGGAGAUGGGGACGACUCGAGCAAGAACUGCUUCUUUGACAUAACUGUUGAUUCUGCUCCCGCGGGUCGCAUCACAUUCAAGCUUUACGAUAAGAUCACUCCCCGAACUGCACGUAAUUUCCGUGAAUUGUGUACCGGUCAACAUGGAUUUGGAUAUGCUGGAAGUUCUUUCCAUCGUAUUAUUCCACAAUUCAUGUUACAAGGUGGGGAUUUCACUAGAGGAAACGGAACCGGUGGAAAAUCCAUUUAUGGUAGAACGUUUGCGGACGAAAAUUUCGAGCUCAAGCACACGAAGCCUGGUCAAUUAAGUAUGGCCAAUGCAGGCAGAAAUACGAACGGCUCCCAAUUUUUCAUUACCACAAUAGCCACACCUUGGUUGAAUGGUAAACACGUGGUGUUUGGCGAGGUAAUUGAGGGUAUGGAUCUUGUGAAGAGAAUCGAAGCACUUGGUACUCGUUCUGGUACUCCAAGAGCUCGUGUUGCUAUUGCUAAAUCGGGUGUCGUCGAGUAA